AUGGACUUCCUCACACGACUCGAGUCUCUCUGUCGAGUUCGAGCCGCCUGGAAAGAAAUGGAGCCAAGGCGCCGGGAGAGGACAGCACAGGGAGAGCGUCGCAGACGGAAGGAGGCGAGCAACUGGCAUCGCGCGCCGGGACAUCCAAGCGCAGGGCAUCCGUCUGAGCCUCGCGCAUGCAGAGAACGCGAUCGGUCUGAAGUCUCUUCUGCCUGGAGAGUCGAUUUCUCUCUUUUCCACUGCUCCUUGUCUUCUUCGGCGCCUGCCCUCGAAGUAUCUCUCUUCUCCCCUUCCGACAUUCCGAAGGCCUGCGAGAAGUCUCGAACUGUGUUCGACCUCAACAACGUUUCCGUGGAGACGCUUGUCGCUCGCGAAAACUCGAUGCUGACCUUUGGUCGAGACUGGAGAGUACAGGUGAAGUGCACGUUUCGCGACGCUGAGGGCAAAGCAGCGCCGCGAGUCUGGAAGGAGGCUCAGACGAGCCUUUUUCGUCUCGAACGCAAGCGUCCAUCCACUCUCCAAAGAACAGGCCUCGAGCGGGGGGAGGGAGGGGAGGGAGGGGAGGGAGGGCAACACCGUCGAGACGUCGGCGAACCGUCCACCUCCUCCAGGACUCGCGAACGUCAACUGAAGAACCGAGGAGGACGAGUCAAGCAGCCUGUGGGGAUGUCUCGCUGUGCGGCCCGCCGCGCGAAACUAUGGCAGCAAAGACGAUCCACUAUGUCACUUCGGCCAUCUCUUCUCGUUCUUUCGAUGUCCAGAAGAAGCCUGGCUGGUCUCUCCGGCUUGGCUCCCUUUCUGCAGGCCUCCUCUGAGCCUUGA